AUGUGCUCCAUGGCCUGGUGUAACCUAAAGAUCACGUUGCCAGCCGCGGAACUCAUUGAAGAAGAGUGCACUCCACGGUAUACGCCAAACCACUAUUACCCAGUCCGCCUCUACGAGAUUCUCAACGACAGGUACCAAAUUACUGCCAAACUUGGUUGGGGUACUAGCUCAACGGUCUGGCUGGCUCGUGAUCUGAAUCCAUGGCGUUGGUGUUCAGCACGUUACCUUGCUGUCAAGAUAAAGGCGAAUAACUAUGCAACUAAAGAAGAUGCCGAGAGAGAUGUUCGCAUCACAGAAAAGAUUACGCACGCAAACCCACAACAUGUAGGCCGAAAUUUCGUCAGCACGUUGCUCGAUUCCUUUGAUGUGCCAGGCCCUCAUGGUCUUCAUGUCUGCCUGCUAUUCGACCCCUUAUGUGAGCCUCUAUGGAUGCUCAAACAGCGAUUCCAUGGCGAUGUACUUCCAUUGGAUGUUUUCAAGCCAGUUGCUAAAUUGAUUCUGGAAGGCCUUGGCUACCUCCACUCUCAAUGCCACAUUGUCCAUACAGACUUAAAAUCCGACAAUAUUCUCAUGGCUCUCCAAGACCACUCUAUACUUGAUAAAGUUUCUCAGGAUGAGAACAAAGAACCACUGCCUCAAAAGCAACUCGAGGAUCGAACAAUAUGCGUUUCGAGAAAUCAUUUCGGCGUGGAGGCAAAUGGCUUGGGCAGACCAAUGAUUACUGAUUUUGGACUGGCUAUAGAUGGGUCUCGGGCCCAUUACCAUCCCAUUCAACCGGACAGUUUCAGAGCCCCAGAGGGGUUAAUCUUGGGGCAGGAAGCUCAUCUGGCUCGCAUAAAAUCAGUACUUGGAACUCCACCUGUGGAUAUGCUUCGCGAAGCGAAAUAUAGUUCUCGAUACUUUGACGCCGAAAGGAGAUUUAAGCAUCCGGAAUUGAUAUCAGAGAGCGGAGGAUUUGAGAAGAUUCUUUCUGGCGUUGAAGGUGACGACAAGCAGGCUUUCCUUGAUUUAGUAUCGCGAAUGCUCCGGUGGCGAGCAGAUGAGAGAGACACUGUGCAAGGGUUACUCUCGGAUCCUUGGUUUCAGGGGUUGUAG